AUGCAUGACUACAUCAACGCUGAGGACACUGAGUUGUGGGACAUCAUUCUUGAUGGACCAUAUAUUCCUACAAAAGAGGUGAAGGAUGGAGAGCUCACCACUACAGUUGUCAAAACUAGAAAGGAGUACAAUGAGAUGGAUAGGAAAAAGAUAGAGAAGAACUAUAAAGCAAAAAAGAUUCUAGUAUGUGGGAUUGGAUCCGAUGAGUACAACAGAAUUUCUGCCUAUGAAUCAGCCAAAGAGAUAUGGGACUGUCUCCAAACAGCCCAUGAGGGAACACAACGAGAAAGCAAAGUUGAUGCUAUAACAGAGGCAAAAGAUCUGAAGACACUUUCCAUGGAUGAGCUGAUUGGAAAUCUCCAGACCUAUGAGCUAAACAAAAAGCAGGGGACAAACAUGAAGGAGGGAAAGAAGGAGAAAUUCAUUGCUCUAAAAAACUCACAAAAUGAUGCGACUCAGGAGGAGGAUGAAAUGGCCUAUGUUACUAAAAGGUUUCAGAAAAUCAUCAAGAAACAUGACGUCUUUCAAAAGAAGGCUUCGACUAGCAGAGCAGCAAACGCAAAUGACCUUUGUCAUAAAUGUGGCAAACCUGGUCAUUUUAUGAGGGACUGUCCCAGCCAAAAGCAGGAAACUCAGAACUUCAAACCUCGUAAGAGGGACCUGGUCCCAGACAGUGCUCGGAGAAAGGCUCAUGCUGAUCAGUUGGUGAGAAAAGCCUUUGCUGUAUGGGGAAAUGAUUCAAGUGAGUCAGAAGAAAAUGCAGAAAGUUAUGAAAAUGUUUCAAUGAUGGCUAUUAAAGAUGAUGAAAAUGUCUUCAAUUCUAUCUUCUCAUUAAUGGCAAAUUCUGAUGAUGAAGAGGAUUCAGAUGAGGUAACUCUUUUUUAUCUUAAAGAUGAUCUAAAUAAUCUGCCUAUUGAAAAUUUGAGGAAACUUGCUGCUCUGCUUAUUGAUUGUGUUGAUGAACGAACCACUGAAAACUUAAUGUUGAAUAAAAAAUUAAGUUUGUGUGAAGAUAAGAAUUCUGCUCUCAUGUCUAAACUGAGUAUCAGGAUAGGUAUCCUCGAGAAUGAUAGUCUGGAACCCAGUGAGGGACCUGGUACCUCAGUAGGUGGAAAGAGAAAGCUUAGCAUCCUUGAGGAAGAACUGGAAGAAAAGCUCAAAAUCCUUGAGUCCAAGUUAGUCGCUUCUCUUGAAACAAAUUCUCAACUGAGAAAGGAUCUGAGUAAGGUCAAGGAGGAGUUAAGCCACUCUCUAAAAUGGACUGACUCUUCUAAGAUACUCUCUAAUCUGUCUAAUCAGAGUUUCAAUAGAAAGAAAGGGUUGGGACGUAGACCAAUAGAACCUCCCUAUAAUCCUCAUAGCAAAUAUGUGUCUGUAUCUGACAAUCUGUUGUGCACUCACUGUGGGCGUAAUGGUCAUCUAAAAGAAAAGUGUGAGACUCUGAGAAAAGCAAAAGAAAAGCAUGAGAAAUUUGUCAGAUCUGAAAACAAUGAUAAAAGGGAACUCAAGAGACCUGGUUCCCGUUAUCGCUUCCGUAAGAACACUUUGCCCCCUGGACAAGAAGGUUUCUUAUUAAGCCUUUUGAUAGUUAUUGGGAACUCCGUCUGA